UCCUCGUGCUGAGAGUCAUGCGCACUCCAGAGGCUCGUAUUUAGGCAUGUUUGGUCAGUGUGUGCCACUCUGGCUGUGUGAGUGGAGGAGAGGCGGCAGGAGAUGACUGCUCCGCUGCGCGCUCAGGAGAGUGCACGGGGAGGGACUGCGCGCAUGGGGACCGUGCGGCCGCACCAUGAGCGGGCUUCUCACAUGAGACACGUCGCCUCUGGAUCUGGAGACGCGCGGGCGCGCACACCCGGUCCCACCAUGCGGUGUCGGUAAGCUGCUUUCCGAGUUGCGCUCCAAGCCUGCUAUGGAGGACUCUGCGCGUCAAAAUGAGUCUGAGCACUGACAAUGCCACCAACUUGUGGAAGAACCUUUCCUCCGAACUGGACGGGGUGUAUUCCCCGGGAAACUCCACCAACGGCACCGCGGGGAACCGCACGGAGCCCGGCGAGCUGGAGCUCACCCGGGCCAUCCCGCUGGGCUUGGUGCUGGGGGCUUUCAUCGUCUUCGCCAUCGCGGGCAACAUCCUGGUCAUCCUGUCCGUGGUGUGCAACAGGCACCUGCGGACCCCGACGAACUACUUCAUCAUCAACCUGGCCAUCGCCGACCUGCUGCUGGGCACCACGGUGCUGCCGGUGUCCGCCACCCUGGAGAUCCUGAACUACUGGGUGUUCGGCCGGAUCUUCUGUGACAUGUGGGCCGCGCUGGACGUGCUGUGCUGCACCGCGUCCAUCAUGAGCCUGUGCGUAAUAUCCAUCGACCGCUACAUCGGGGUGAGCUACCCGCUGCAGUACCCGGGCAUCGUGACGGAGAAGCGGGCUCUGCUGGCCAUGCUCGGGGUCUGGGUGCUGUCGGUGGUCAUCUCCAUCGGUCCCCUGUUCGGCUGGAAGCAGCCGUCGCCGCCGGACGAGAAGGUGUGUCCCAUCACCGAGGAGCCCUUUUACGCGCUCUUCUCCUCGCUCGGCUCCUUCUACAUCCCGCUCGUCGUCAUCCUGGCCAUGUACUGCCGGGUCUACAUAGUCGCCAAAAGGACCACUAAGAACCUGGAGGCAGGCGUGAUGCGCGAGCGGAUGAACUCCAGCGAGCUGACCCUCCGGAUCCACAAGGGCUCGCAGGUGAACGACGAGUCCGGGAGUUCGGGCACCGCCAAGGGCCGCGCGCACCAGGCGAGGAGCUCCCUCACGGUCAAACUUCUCAAGUUCUCCCGGGAGAAGAAAGCAGCUAAAACUUUGGGAGUUGUGGUCGGCAUGUUUACCCUCUGCUGGCUGCCCUUCUUCCUCGCCUUGCCCAUCGGCUCUUUUAAUGCGAACCUGCGCGCCCCUGAGCUCCUCUUUAAAGUCAUCUUCUGGCUCGGCUACUUCAACAGCUGCCUCAACCCCAUCAUCUACCCCUGCUACAACCGCGAAUUCAAGCUGGCCUUCAUUCGGAUCCUCCGGUGCCAGUGUCACCAGCGCAAGCGCCCCGGGUGGAGGGCCUACAACUACCGCUCCUCCAACUUCAGCUCCUCCGGGAACUCUCGCAAAAGCUCCACGGAUCACAACUCCGGCUGCCUGAACGGCAGCCAGCGCACCCUGCCCUCCUCGGCCAGCCCCAGCCCCAGCUACCUGAGCGCGGGGCUGCCCCCCUGCCCCGAGGGGGAGACGCUGUACAUCUGGGGGGCCGCCACCCCGACGCCCUCCACGCCCAGCCUGCUGCCCGGCAGCCCCUCGGACUGCCAGGGGGAGGGGAGGGGGCCGAGGGCGGCGGAGCAGAGCGCCGGCGGCGUUUUCUCCUUCUCCUUCAUAAAGAACAAAGACAAGGGGGGGGUGGGCAGAGAGAGCCUGGGUCCCGACGACAAGGUGUGACUGCUGCGCCUCGCCAAGCGGCGACCGAUCCUUCGGCAGCAGAGCACGGCUGCAGGACUCCACAGGUUUCACCGUUCGGUCCCGUGAUCAUUCGUCAGUGGGUGGAUUGUGGUCGUCAGUAGUGGUAAACGUGAGGUGACAAUAGCUGAGUGUUGACUGUGCCGCUGUAUCCCGGGUGUGUCGUUCUCUGUUGCUGUAUCCGUGGUUGACAAAGACAGGGAGGUUCCUUUCAGCAGGAGGCUCACAGCAGUUUUUUUCUAAAGAACUGUUCGCCACCAUCUUUGGACUGCAAAGAAACCCGUGCAUGCAUCUUAAUUUAACUAAAAAUCAAAUGUGAAAGAAAACAGACAUUGUUUCCUUGGUGAUCUCCACACAACGAAGCCCUUCCUUCAGCCCUGAGUUAAAGACCCUCGUCCGUCCUGUACAGAGAUUGAACCUGACUUAUGAAAUAAGUGUGACGAGACACACGGCCACCGUUCUGUCGCAGCCACUCGGCAUCGUCAUGUUAUGUUUGGAGAAUCAAAAUAUAAUCUGUUUUAUCUGCUGUGCGCACAAUCCUCAGAUAUCAUCCUGUUUGUAUGUUUGUAGAAAUGUGAUGGAUAAAUAAAAGUAGAACAUUGCUCAAACACCACGUCA